AUGAUCAACGUGUACAAACCAGCAUUACAAAGCAGAGAUGUUGUGUCUUAUAACAACGAAUCAACUACUGAUUCGAUCUUACAAUACAGUGGAAAUUCAUCAUCUACUCCUAUUUUACCUUUCAACUACACUAUUGAAGGGUUAACUAGAGAUGUCUAUCCUAAACCAUUGCAUUCGCAUAACGAUUAUUGGAGAAAACACCCAUUAUUUGAUGCUUUAAGUAUUGGUGCUAUUUCUAUUGAAAGUGAUAUUUGGCAUUUCCCUCAAACUUAUCAACUACAACGUACAACUACUGAAUCGACUGAUGUUACUACGACACCAAAUGAAACUUUGUACUUCAAUAGCAGUGAAGUUUAUGUUGGUCACAAUCAAGUGUUUUUACAUCCGAUAAACACAUUGUUUAAUUUGUAUUUGAAUCCGUUGUAUCAGUUUUUCAAGUAUGCCAAUCCUAGUUUUGAGUAUGUUGAUGGUGGCGACGGCAGUCCAUUUAUCGGUGAUGGAGGGAAACACGGUAUUUUUUAUAACGACCCUGAACAGCCAGUUUACCUUUGGUUUGAUUUCAAAACUGAAGCUAAUGGAACUUAUGAAGUUUUGAAGCCUUUGUUGCAACCGUUUAUCGAUGACGGUCUUUUGACUUAUUACAAUACAAGUGAUGAUUCUCUCCAUGAAGGACCCUUAGUCUUGACAAUAACGGGAAAUUUACCAAUUGAAAAAGUGAGUGAGGAGGGGGUGAGAUAUACAUUUUUGGAUGCGCCAUUGAGCUAUUUCAACUCAUCGAGUAAUGAUGACGAGUUACAAAAAUGGUCAAAGUUAUCAAGAGUUGCAAGUGGAUCCAUCAAAGGUUUAGUUGGCGACAGUUACAACUCAACAAUCAGGAAUGAAUUCACACAGGAACAAAAGGAUAAUCUCAAGGGAUAUUUUGAUAAAGCUCAUGAGUACAAUUUGAAAACCAGAAUCUGGGGUGAUAUCACUUGGCCAUGGAACUUAGUCGAUCUGCAUUUGUUGGACUUGUAUCAAACAGGUACAGAUUUAUUGAAUGUUGACGACUUGAAGAGAGCUGACAAUCUUUUCCCAACAAAAUAA